GACAACUGUCAGAUACAUCCAGCUCCGCAUGAAUCUGUACCUGAUAAAGCCGCGCGGGAGCAAAGAAUUGCCUCAAUAUUUCUGCACAAGGCUAAAGAGGCAGCUCUCACCACGUUUCGAAUUCCCCGUCUUAUUAGACUUCUGCCGAUAAGACAACCCUUGUACCUCAAUUGACUCUCAUCAUCUCUGACUCACUAAAUAUCACCCCACUAUCGUUGGAAUGCCGAACGGUCCGUACCUAUUGCCUGCCUCCUCACAACUGUAGGAAGAUCUGAUCAUGAAUCCAGGCUCUAGAAAUCGAUAUUGAUUUUGAAUAAAAACCUAGUUGGUUGCUUUCAGUCCUUUGAUUCCAGCAUCACUUUUCCCAGAACCAAAUUACUACUAUAUUCAAUAUUGAUAUCCAUUCUUAUUGGAAAACCCUGCAAGCUCUAUUGUUCGAUUCCCUGAAUCUAGAUUAGUAGUUAUCUAAAAACAUUAUUCAGUAAAUCUUUUAAAGAGGCUACAAGCGUUCUCCCGCUUGAGACUUCGAGUUCUCUGACCACAUCUAUAGCACGAUCUUCGAGACCCUUUUCUCAUCUAUGACGAUGUCUGGAUUUCGGCAAGAAGGGGCGAUCUGUUCAACCACUGAAUACUACAACCUCGGAUCAUUCAAGCUGGACAUCACCACCAAGAGCGAAGAUGCGCAAGUGUGGUUCAACCGCGGCUUAACAUGGGCCUAUGCAUUCAACCACGUGGAGUCGGCCGUUUGUUUUGAGCAGGCUAUAGCACAUGACAAUUCUUGCGCAAUGGCUUACUGGGGGUUAGCAUUUGCCUUGGGCCCAAACUACAACAAACCCUGGGAGACCUUUGAUGAGAGUGACCUCAAAACAACGGUACUGCGGACUUAUAAGGCCUCUAGACAGGCAAAAGAACAUGCCGCCAAUGCGACAACUCUCGAACAGGCGCUCAUUGACGCAAUCCAAUUUCGCUAUCCGUGUGACGACCUAGUUAAGGAUUACUCUACCCAAGAUCGAGCGUACGCGGAUGCUAUGGAUUCAGUCUAUAAACAGCAUCCGUAUAGUCUUGACGUAGCCACUCUCUAUGCUGACGCAAUGAUGAACCUUACCCCAUGGAAACUCUGGGAUCUUCAUACCGGAAAUCCGGGCCCAGGCGCUCGCACCUUAAAAAUUAAGAGUGUCCUUGAGAGCUCUUUGGCACAGGAUGGUGCAUUGCAACACCCAGGCCUGCUACACAUGUACAUCCACUGCAUUGAGAUGUCUCCGAACCCAGAACUUGGAUUGAACGUGGCAGAUCACUUACGCGACCUAAUACCCGAUGCUGGUCACCUCCGUCAUAUGCCUUCGCACUUAGAUAUUCUCAUAGGUGAUUACCGGCGCGCAAUUGCCUCCAACUAUGACGCUAUCAUUGCAGAUGAAAAGUUCCUAACUCUGUCGGGCUCGAAUAAUUUCUAUACCUUUUACCGACUUCACGAUUACCACUCCCUGAUUUAUGCGGCAAUGUUUGCGGGUCAGUCGAAGAUUGCUCUUCAAACUGUAGCGCGAAUGGAGGCAUCUCUUCCCGAGACCUUGUUGCGUGUCUCGUCACCCCCUAUGGCGGAUUGGCUUGAGACUUAUAUGUCGGUCCGUGUUCAUGUCUUGAUUCGCUUUGGAAUGUGGCAAGAUAUUAUCGAGAUGGAAUUUCCUAUUGAUCGUCAAUUGUAUUGCGUCACUACGGCUAUGCUUCAUUACGCAAAAGGUGUAGCGUACGCAGCAACUUUUAAAGUGCAGGAGGCAGAGAAAGAGCGAAGUCUAUUCAGAUCUGCUGUUGAGCAAGUUCCGGCCACUCGUCAGGAAUAUCCCAACAAAUGUGUUGAUAUCUUGGCUGUGGGUGCAGCUAUGCUAGAUGGAGAAAUCGAAUACCGCCGCGAGAACUACAAGGAAGCUUUUGCGAGUCUUCGCAAGUCCAUUGAACUCAGCGACCGGCUUAUCUACUGUGAGCCAUGGGGCUGGAUGCAGCCACCGCGGCAUGCUUACGCUGCGCUAAUGCUCGAGCAAGGACAUGUCGAAGAAGCAGCAAUAGUAUAUAGCGCGGACCUUGGAGUCGAUGGGAUGCUGCCUCGUGCUCACCAACAUCCAAACAAUGUCUGGGCGCUUCAGGGCUAUCACGAAUGUUUGAUACGGCUUGGCCGCAAGGCAGAGGCACGCCUCAUUGAGCCACAGUUAAAAUUGGCCCUUGCGAUUGCAGAUAUUCCCGUGAAGGCAUCCUGUUUCUGUAAACUUGAUUCGUCUAGUUAGACUUGGGGAGCUCAGGGGGUCAUAGCAUAAACCGUAGCUGCCACUAAAUUGACUUUUCAAUAUGAAAGAUUCUGGACAUGCUGCGCAUUGAUGGCUGGCAGGAGAACCCUCGAAUUGGUUCUUAGAAUUGACAGCAAGGGAGCAAAUGUAGAUAAAAACACAGGCUACGAUAGACACCAACGAGGAUGUGACUGAAGCACCAACGCUGUUCCUCUCUGGUUUUAAAAUUAGAAAAUAUAUAGAAUAGAGAGUUGUAGCAGCAGACGGUGUAUAGCGCUCUUUUGUCUGUUUUAAAAAGGUCUUCUGUAUGGAUAACACUUUAUACGUAUAGCAAAGUUUCAACUAGAGCUUUGCAACAUGAUCAGAAUUUGUUCGGAAGUUUGGGCAUGCCACAAGCUGAGAGAGUUCAAAUCGUUCUUGAUGUGUGAUUUUUGUAACGGAAGUGUCGUGAAUAGCAGUCAACUCCUCUCAUUAGAAUGUUGAGGUAAGAAGAGGAGAGAAGAAAGAGAAGGAAGAAGGUCCUCAUAUACACACGACUACCCACUUAUUUCAACAAAUAAUAUUUGAAAAAAGCCA